AUGGUCCGCCCUCGUGUUUUCUUUGAUAUCACCGUGGAUGGCACACCACUUGGAAGGUUCAUCUUUGAGUUGUACAGUGACAGCGCACCGAAAACAACCGAGAAUUUUCGUGCUCUUUGCACCGGCGAAAAGGGUCUCUCUUCAGUCUCUGAACAUCCCCUUUAUUACAAAAAUAGCAUCAUCCACAGGUCCAUCCGGGAUUUCAUGAUUCAGGGCGGUGAUUUUACCAGACGAAAUGGUACUGGCGGCGAAUCUAUCUACGGAAAUGUGUUCGCCGACGAAGAUUUAUCACGUCCUCUAAACUCUGAGGGUCUUUUAUGCAUGGCAAAUAAAGGUCCCAACACCAACGGUUCUCAGUUCUUCAUCACCUUGCGUGAUUGCCCACAUCUAAGCGGCAAACAUGUUGUUUUUGGCAAAGUUAUCCAAGGGUACGAGGAUGUUAUUAAACGGCUGGCGCAAGUCCCAGUGGACGAGAAGGAUCGCCCAAAAACGCUUAUCACAAUUGCUAAUUGCGGUGAACUUGAGCUUAGAAGUAAAAACACCCUCGGCGGAUACCAAAGUUGUAGCAUUGGGUUCUAUCACAUUCGCGCCAUGCUGACAAGUACUUCAUAG